AUGACAUCGGACCCGUCCGAAACCUCCUCCGAGUCUGAAUCAGAGUUGGACGAAUCAGAUAGGGCUUUUGCCCUCUUCCAAAUCCGCACCGCUUUUGCCCGGUGGGUGGCUCUUUUACGUGGGAGCACCACGUCCUCAAUAUACAACCUGUCCGUCAAAUUGUUUUUGGAGGUAAUUUUUGCUCAUGGUAGCAUCCAGGAGCGAGUGGAACUAUUCAGAGUUAAUUUGCUCCUGGGACGCUUCCUCUACCCCACCAGGAAUGGUAGGACUCGCGGAAACAGUGGGUCUGCAGUGUCUGCUGGGCUUAGCAGAGGCAUUAGGAGCAGCAGCCUGCAUAUCAGAGGGAUUUUGCAUAGUGGGCAGCACAAAUUAAUAUGUUAG